UUUCAUUCAAUCUUUUUCUCAACAAAAUUUUCUCGAGAAAGUGAAGGAAAAUUAAGGAAAGAAAAAAAAUGGCGGGGAACGAGUGGAUUAAUGGCUACUUAGAAGCCAUAUUAGACAGUGGAGCUUCAGCCAUUAAUGAAGAUCAGAAGCAAAUAAGUAGUACUAGUACUGUGAAUUUGAGAGAGAGUAGUAAUAAUACUGGAAUUCAUUUCAAUCCGACUAAGUAUUUUGUGGAAGAGGUUGUUACAGGGGUUGAUGAAUCUGAUCUUCAUCGGACAUGGAUCAAAGUUGUUGCUACGCGCAACACGCGCGAACGAAGCUCGAGGUUGGAGAAUAUGUGUUGGCGUAUUUGGCAUCUUACGAGGAAGAAGAAACAGUUGGAAUGGGAGGAACAACAACGGCUUGCAUACCGCAGAUGGGAGCGGGAACAAGGACGAAGGGAUGCAACCGAAGACAUGUCUGAAGAAUUUUCUGAGGGAGAAAAAGGAGAUGGUAUGGGGGAGAUGGUAACUUGUGAGAUUCCGAGUAAAAAGUUUCAUCGUAACAUUUCGAACUUGGAAGUAUGGUCGGAUGAUAAAAAAGAGAAGAAACUUUAUAUUGUUCUUAUAAGUUUGCAUGGUUUGGUACGAGGAGAAAACAUGGAGCUUGGCCGAGAUUCAGAUACUGGGGGGCAGGUCAAAUACGUGGUGGAGCUUUCGAGAGCUCUUGCUAGGAUGCCCGGGGUUUACAGGGUUGAUCUCUUUACUCGUCAAAUUUCUUCUCCAGAUGUUGAUUGGAGCUAUGGUGAGCCAACAGAGAUGCUAACUACUGGAAUUGAUGAUGGUGAUGGAACUGAAGCGGGAGAGAGCAGCGGGGCAUAUAUCGUGCGGAUCCCCUUUGGUCCCCGGGACAAGUACUUGAGCAAAGAAUUACUCUGGCCUUAUAUUCAAGAGUUUGUAGAUGGAGCUCUAGCUCACAUUCUCAAUAUGUCGAAAGUUUUGGCUGAACAAAUUGGUGGAGGCCAACCAAUUUGGCCUUAUGUGAUACACGGGCACUAUGCAGAUGCAGGGGAUAGCGCUGCUCUUCUUUCGGGUGCUUUAAAUGUUCCAAUGGUUUUAACUGGACACUCGCUUGGGAGGAAUAAGCUUGAACAGCUUCUCAAGCAAGGCCGCCAAUCAAAGGAGGAUAUCAAUUCAACAUAUCGAAUCAUUAGAAGGAUUGAAGGAGAAGAGCUAGCACUUGAUGCUGCAGAACUUGUUAUUACUAGUACUAAACAAGAGAUUGAAGAACAAUGGGGACUUUAUGAUGGCUUCAAUGUAAGGCUUGAGAAAGUGUUGCGUGCUCGAGCUAGACGAGGGGUCAAUUGCUAUGGGAGAUUUAUGCCAAGGAUGGUGGUUAUUCCUCCUGGCAUGGAUUUCAGCAAUGUUGUAACCCAAGACGACGGUCCUGAAGUUGAUGGAGAACUUACACAACUUACCGGUGGUAUAGACGAAUCUUCACCGAAAACAAUUCCACAAAUAUGUUCAGAAGUUAUGCGGUUUCUUACAAACCCGCAUAAACCAAUGAUCUUGGCCUUAUCAAGGCCAGAUCCCAAGAAGAAUUUAACUACUCUUUUGAAGGCCUUCGGUGAAUGUCGUCCGUUAAGAGAGCUGGCUAAUCUUACACUGAUUAUGGGGAAUAGAGAUGAUAUUGAUGAGAUGUCUGGUGGAAAUGCUAGUGUUCUUACCACAGUGUUGAAAUUAAUCGACAAAUAUGAUCUAUAUGGGCAAGUAGCCUAUCCAAAGCAUCAUAAACAAUCUGAUGUACCUGAUAUAUACCGACUUGCAGCAAAGACAAAGGGAGUUUUCAUAAAUCCAGCAUUAGUGGAACCUUUUGGACUUACUUUGAUUGAGGCAGCCGCGCAUGGGCUACCGAUGGUGGCUACUAAAAACGGUGGACCGGUGGACAUUCAUCGGGCUCUGCAUAAUGGUUUGCUAGUGGAUCCCCAUGAUCAACAAGAAAUUGCUGAUGCAUUGCUGAAGUUGUUAUCAGAGAAAAACUUAUGGCAUGACUGUAGAAAGAAUGGUUGGAAGAACAUACACCUUUUCUCGUGGCCAGAACACUGUCGUACUUACCUAACUCGGGUGGCAGCCUGUCGUAUGAGACACCCACAAUGGCAAACCGACACCCCGGGUGAUGAGAUAGACGAGGAAGAGUCUUUCAAUGACUCGCUCAUUGAUGUUCAAGACAUGUCACUUAGGCUGUCGGUUGAUGGAGAAAAGAAUUCGUUGAAUGGAUCUUUAGAUUCGUCUUCUGCUAUUGCUGACCCCGAGCUUCAUGAUCAAGUGAACAAGGUGUUAAGCAAGAUAAAGAAACCGAAAUCAAGUGAUGAUAAUGGCAAUGCCAUGACAAAGCAUCUUGAGUAUGUGCCGAGCAAGUAUCCCAUGUUAAGGUGGAGGCGUAAAUUGAUGGUUAUAGCACUUGAUUGCUAUGAAAGCAAUGGAGAUCCUGACAAAAACAUGAUUACUAUUGUGAAAGAGAUCAUGAAAGCUGUAAGGUUAGACACUCAAGUUGCUAGAGUUUCGGGUUUUGCUUUAUCAACAGCUAUGUCGGUAUCAGAAACAAUAGAAUUCUUGAAGAUGGGGAAGAUUCAGGUGAAUGAAUUUGAUGUAUUGAUUUGUAGUAGCGGAAGUGAAAUAUACUAUCCCGGUACUUACAUCGAAGAAGAUGGAAAGCUUUUCCCCGAUCCAGACUACGAAUCGCAUAUUGACUACCGUUGGGGAUGUGAAGGUUUGAAGAAAACCGUUUGGAAGUUGUUGAAUACUGUUGAAGGGAAUGAAAAUUCAGAUCAAUCUUAUUGUUCCAUUGAGGAAGAUUCAAAAUCAACCAAUUCACACUGCAUUUCCUACCUAAUAAAGGAUCCUAGUAAGGUAAUGAAAGUACAUGAUUUGAGACAGAAAUUUAGGAUGCGAGGAAUUCGCUGUCAUCCUAUGUAUUGCAGGAACUCAACGAGAAUGCACGCUAUUCCUCUACUUGCGUCUCGAGCCCAGGCCCUAAGGUAUCUGUUUGUGCGUUGGAAAUUAAAUGUGGCAAACAUGUUUGUAUUCCUUGGCGAAAGCGGAGACACCGAUUACGAAGAGAUGAUAUCCGGCGCUCAUAAAACUAUAAUUAUGAAAGGAGUAGUUAUUAAGGGUUCAGAAGAGCUACUAAGAACAUCUGGAAGUUAUCUGAAAGAUGAUAUAAUUCCGCCCGAAACUCCACUCAUCACCUUCGUUGAUGGUGAAGCAUCAGCAGAUGAGAUUUUUAGUGCUCUAAAGAAUCUAUCCAAAUCUGUCGUUGUAAUGUGAGAUGUCACGCUAAUAUAUUUAUAUAUCUAUAUAUGUUCCUUUGUUAAAUAUUAUGUUUGAUUUUUUUUACUUAUUGGAAAAAUAAAUUACUUUCUUUUUGUAAUUUUUUUCAUUAGACAUUUUAUUAAUAAAAAUCAAAUAGCAUCAAUCUCAAGCA